AUGCCCUCGAAGCGCAAGGACGCCCCACGCGGCUGGGAAGGCGGCGACAUCAAGGUGGAGAUGCAAGGAAAUCUGAAUGGGGAUAUCGACCGUCUGUCUCACGGCAACCAGAAGCGCAUGCGCUACGCUCCGCAGUGCUAUGCCUCCGACAUUGUACUCGGCACUGGCCAUGUGCUUGUGGGGUGGCCGCAGGAUGUCCCGUUCACGGACCUCAGCUCGGUCGGUGGCGGCCUCGAUACGCUCCGCGAGAUCCGUCGGCGCUGGUACCUGCCUGACGGGGACCCCGAGAAGCUGCGCUUCGAGCCAGCCUCGCGCAAGGACUACGCCAACGCCGCGCGCGACCCCGAGAGUGUCCAUCCGACGCCCCAGCACCUCCCGGAGCUGAAGGCUCGAGCCGCCGCCGCCAAGGCGAAGGCCAAAGCCCUCCCCGUCGAGUCCGACGUCUUCCGCGCACGCGACAUGCGACGGGUUGGCCGCCAAUCGACGUCGACCAUGCCGGAGCCCAAGGCGCAGUCGCAGCAGCGGCAGGACACAAAGAAGCGGCGCGCACGCGCAUCGGACAUGGAGACACGGGUGCGGAAGAAGCGGCAGACGACGGGGGUCACGAGCUUGCCAUUUGUGCUGCAACGAGCGGACAAGGUGAGCAGCGGCGGUGAUGGCGAGCAGGGUUCGGAGGAGGCGCACGCGCUGGACGACGACAUCACCGACCCCGAUUUCGAGCUGACACGCUCGUUCGGCGGCGAGCUCUCUGAUGACCCGAUCGAGGACGCGUCGGACAGCGAGUGGGAGCCUGAGACGGCCGGAGCGGAUUAG